CCACAGCGUGCCCCAGCUACAGCAUGCCCAGAACACAGCCUGCCCAGCUACAGCGUGCCCCAGCUCCAGCGUGCCCCAGCUACAGCGUGCCCCAGCUACAGCGUGCCCCAGCUACAGCGUACCCCAGCUACAGCGUGCCUCACCUACAGCCUGCCCCAGCCACAGCAUGCCCCAGCUACAGCGUGCCCCAAUCACAGCAUGCCCCAGCCACAGCAUGCCCAGCUACAGCGUGCCCCAGCUACAGCGUGCCCCAACCACAGCCUGCCCAGCUACAGCGUGCCCCAGCUACAGCGUGCCCCAGCUACAGCGUGCCCCAACCACAGCCUGCCCAGCUACAGCAUGCCCCAGCCACAGCCUGCCCCACCCAGCUACAGCGUGCCCCAGCUAUAGCCUGCCCAGCUACAGCAUGCCCCAGCCACAGCGUGCCCCAACCACAGCCUGCCCAGCUCCAGCGUGCCCCAGCUACAGCAUGCCCCAGCUACAGCCUGCCCAGCUACAGCAUGCCCCAACCACAGCCUGCCCAGCUACAGCAUGCCCAGCUACAGCGUGCCCCAGCUACAGCGUGCCCCAACCACAGCCUGCCCAGCCACAGCGUGCCCCAGCUACAGCCUGCCCCAGCUACAGCGUGCCCCAGCUACAGCAUGCCCAGCUACAGCAUGCCCCGGCUACAGCGUACCCCAGCUACAGCGUACCCCACCCAGCUACAGCAUGCCCAGCUACAGCGUGCCCCAGCCACAGCAUGCCCCAGCUACAGCGUGCCCCAGCCACAGCCUGCCCAGCUACAGCCUGCCCCAGCUACAGCGUACCCCAGCUACAGCGUGCCCCAGCUACAGCGUGCCCAGCUACAGCGUGCCCAGCCACAGCCUGCCCAGGUACAGCGUGCCCCAGCUACAGCAUGCCCCAGCUACAGCAUGCCCCAGCUACAGUGUGCCCCAGCCACAGCCUGCCCCAGCUACAGCGUGCCCCAGCUACAGCGUGCCCCAGCCACAGCCUGCCCAGCUACAGCAUGCCCCAGCUACAGCGUGCCCCAACCACAGCCUGCCCCAGCUACAGCAUGCCCCAGCUACAGCAUGUCCCAGCCACAGCAUGCCCCAGCUACAGCGUGCCCCAGCUACAGCCUGCCCCAGCUACAGCGUACCCCAGCUACAGCGUGCCCCAGCUACAGCGUGCCCAGCUACAGCGUGCCCCAACCACAGCCUGCCCAGCUACAGCGUGCCCCAACCACAGCGUGCCCCAGCUACAGCCUGCCCAGCUACAGCGUGCCCCAGCCACAGCGUGCCCCAACCACAGCCUGCCCAGCUACAGCGUACCCCAGCUACAGCAUGCCCCAGCUACAGCCUGCCCAGCUACAGCGUGCCCCAACCACAGCCUGCCCAGCAGCUUUCUACUCGCUAACGGCACUUGCCCCAGAGAGGGGGGCCCUUUAG